UUCUAGAUCCGCCACAGAUUUUUUAAUUCAUCCACAUGAAGCGUGUGUCCUAUGGAAGAGAAAAAGCUUUCUAAAACUAUUCCAGAUGUAUUAUCAGUGUUGAGUUCGUAACUAACAUUUUUGUUGGGAUGGUACCCUCUGAGUAACCGUCAGUCUUAAGCAAACGGAUAUAUCAACAUCACCCCAUAGGGUAUAAAGGAACCUUCAUUAUACAUCGCAAACAUCUGUGGAUUCUCAUGUAAGGCAUUAUCAUAUAAAGAAAGUUGCAAUGACUGAUCCAAACACCUCCUAUCAAAAUAUGGACUUCAGUGACUUCUACAAUGAAGAAUUCAACUACAGUUAUCUCCAAAACAUCACCGACUUUGAUUUGGAUGAGAGCACGCUUAUUUGUUCACCGAUCACUUUCGCAGAUGCGGUCAACAUCUCAUUCUGUGUCAUCUACGUGCUCAUCCUUCUGCUGGCUGUACCUGGGAAUCUGAUCGUGGGCUGGGUGAUCGGCUCAAACAAACAAGCCCUUUCCUCUUCGGAUGUCUAUUUGUUCAACCUGAUGCUUGCCGACACAUUGCUGGCUCUGGUCUUGCCCUUUUCUGCGGUGUCUUUACUGCACGGCUGGGUGUUUGGAGAUGUCAUGUGUAAACUGGUUUGCAUGGUGAAGGAAAUCAACUUUUACACAAGCAUUCUGUUUUUGGUGUGCAUCAGCGUGGAUCGCUACAUGGUCAUCGUGCGCUCUAUGGAAUCCCAGAAGGCUCAGCGGCGGCUGUGCAGCGGCGUCGCGUGCGGAAUGGUCUGGGUUUUGGGGGGCUUGCUCUCCUUGCCGUCACUUUACAACGAGAAGUUUUAUUCCAAUAUGAGCAAACAGACCGUAUGUGCUGAACACUUUGACGCGAACAAUGCCGACGAGUGGCGAAUGGCCACUCGUAUCCUGAGGCACCUGCUCGGCUUUCUGCUUCCUCUGGCGAUCAUGCUGAUCUGCUACAGUGUGACGGUGGCCCGCCUCUUGCGUACGCGGGGUUUCCAGAAGCAGAGAGCCAUGAAGGUGAUAGUGACUGUGGUUGUGGCGUUCCUUUUGUGCUGGACCCCGUUUCACGUUACCACGAUAGUCGACAUGCUGUUGAGGGCCAAAGUUCUUCAGUUCAGCUGUUCUAUGCGGACCUCUGUGGACGUCGCUAUGUUUGCCACGCAAAACCUAGGCCUCGUGCACUGCUGCGUGAACCCGGUGCUGUACGCUUUUGUGGGUGAGAAGUUUAGAAGGAGAUUUAUGCAAUUACUCCAAAGGAGAGGAGUGCUGGAUCGCUUAUCAAGAUCCAGCAGGUCCUCUUCUGUGCCACAUUCAUCGGAAAUCCCCUCGAGUGUCCUUUGAGCUGCCG